AUGCGUGCAUCCAUCAUGCUGGCAUCCAAGAAGGAUGGCACGAGCCGCUUUUGCGUGGACUUCCGGCCGCUGAACGCUGUGACGGUCAGCACCCCUCCCCCUCAAAUUAGCGUCGAGGCUGCCGUAGCCAGCCUAGGUAGGGCACGCGUGUUCAGCACCCUGGACCUGAAGUCCGGCUACUGGCAGGUGCCCAUAAGAUGCGGGGACCGGAAGAAGACGGCCUUCACGGUACCGGACGGGCGGAGGAUUCAAUUCCGGGCUAUGCCCUUUGGAUUGAAGUGUGCCCCCGCCACCUUCCAGUCAAUGAUGACCAGAGUCCUGGAGGGAUACAUUGGGAGAUUCACCCUGGCAUACUUAGACGAUGUCAUCGUCUAUUCGGAGAGUUGGGAGGACCACUGCCGGCACCUGGCGCUGGUAAUGGAAAGGUUGGCCACCAAUCACCUAACUGCCAACCCUGCCAAGUGUCACCUCGGGACGACCGAGGUCGAAUUCUUGGGCCACGUGGUGAAUGCCGAGGGCAACUGGCCCCAGAUCGGCCACUUACGACAGAUUGCCAUGGCGGAAGUUCCUCGCACCCGGAAGCAACUUCAACGCUUCGUCGGGCUCAUCAAUUGGCUGCGGAGUUAUAUCCCUAACUUCUCACAGACCAUCGUGCCCCUAACCGAUCUGCUGUCACCGCAAAUCCACUACCGCUGGGGCGAACCCGCCCAAGCAGCCUUCAACGCUAUUCAGGAAGCCUUCACACAGUGCCACACACUGGCCCGCAUCGACCCGGACCGACCGCUCGUCUUGCAGACGGACACGAGCGCUCUGGGUACCGGAGCAGUGUUAUACCAGGUGGACGGCGCGGGCGACCGGCAGGUGGUCAAUUACGCCAGCGCGAAGUUCGGGCACGCCGAGAGGCGGUACCACAAGAACCAGCUCCCCGACCUACUCUCCCGUGAUCCAGACGGCGGCCAGGAGGUGUUGGACGACGACGAAUGGGAUGACAUCCUUCCUCCCGCCUGCGCCAGCUCGACUGGCACCGCCGGACACGUGUGCGCUCACAUCACGGUCAACGGAGAAGGGGCCGAAGCACCCCCGAAUACCGAGGCCGACGUGGAGCGCCAUGUGCUCACUACGCAGCACCGGUCCCCAGACGCGGACAGACGACGAGAGCGUGCCAGCGAUGACGGUCACCCAACCUGGCGGAUCCAGGACGGCAGAGUCAUGAACCGACCACCCGGAGUAACUGGGGCCUGGAGGACGUAUGUCCCCCCAGAGGCCCGUGAGACAGUGCUCGUGUUCUACCACAAUCAUGACCUCGCAGGACACCCGGGUACCGAUCAAACCAGCCGAGCAGUAGGACAGUACUACCACUGGCCCAGGAUGAGCCGGGACGUCCGCAACUAUGUCAGGGAGUGCGAGACCUGCCAGCGACGCAAGGCCCACAGGGGGGACGGCGUGCAACAACAGCAGCCCUGGCUGCCGACGACCCCGUUCCAGACAAUCGCCUUAGAUGUGAUGGGGCCCUACCCAUGUUCACCGCGGGGUAAACGGUUCCUCGUGGUAGCCACGGACAUGUUCACCCGCUGGACCGAGGCCUACCCCUGUGGCAAUGUGAGGGCCACCACUAUCAUUGAAGUCAUGACCCGCGAAUUCAUGGCCAGGUUCGGCUACCCAGAGUCCAUUUUGACUGACUACGGCAGCCAGUUUCUGGGGGCCCGAUGGAAGGACUGGUGCCAGGAGGCCCACAUGGAACACCACACCACACCUGCUUACCACCCACAGUCAAACCCCACCGAGCGCCGCAACCAGGAGUUGAAGGUCCAACUGCGCCUGCGGCUGGGCGAUGACCAUACUCAGUGGGAUCUCCACGUCGCCGAUGCCCUAUUCUGUGUCCGCCGAAGAGUAAAUGCGGCCAGCGGGAGGACCCCGGCCGAGAUGGUUCAGGGCCGCAACCUUCCGCUGCCGGGGGAGCUGGCUGUCCAUGGAGUGCCGCACCAGGCAGAAUGCAGAGGAGAUAGCGACCAGCGAUGCUCGGACGACCACGAGGCGGUGCGCACGCGACAGGCUCACUACACCCAAGUCAUCACCCCCCGGACGACGAGGCCCCCAGCCUCCUUCCAGCCGGUGACCAAGUGUAUGCACGAGUUCACCCCCUGUCGGCGGCCCCGCGUAACUAUUGCGCCGUACUCGCGCCACUCGCCCGGGGACCCCCCGCCCGACGAACCCGAACACAACGACAUCGCGGGCAGCCCAGCCACUGAGCCCGACGUACUCAGUCCCGAGGUAACCCCCGGAGCCGCGGCGUCCAAUUAA